GGGUAUCAAUGCUAAUCAUCACAUAAACAUUGUGAUUAGAAUUAUGUUUUGAUGUAUGUAUGUAUGCUGUAACAACAUAACUUAAUAUUUCACUUUAGUAAUGGCAAUGUAAAUAAUCAAUAUUGUUGUUUUUUGGCACGUUUAUACAAAACCAUGUUGUAUACGUCUUUUGGUUUAAUGUGUGAAAGUAUAAGUGAUGAUCGUUCACAUAUACCUGAAUGUAUCAACUGAAACAAUAUACAUACUAGAACAUAUCCAGAUAUUAUCUCGAAGAUGGAAUAGGAAAUUCACAGAUACUUUCAAACCAAAAACAUAAUUAUUUACUAAUCCCAUUAACAUUCCUGACAGUUGUAUUUUUUUUUACAUGGUUUCCCACAAUUUUAAACUUCACCAAAAUCAAUUUUUUGCAUGACACUGACCCAGUUUGAAUCUAUGUCUUCGGCCUAAAUCUUCAGUUUGAUUAUAUAGAAAAUGUUGACAUAACUCGAUCUGACAGGACAAAGUCACUGAAAUAUUACGAGUCGAAUGCUCUCAAGCUUAUUGUGCAGUUAUUUUUAUGCUACUAAUCUACACCUACCAAAAUUCUUCUCUUAUUGGUUAUUUCUUUACUGUGAAGCAAUCAAACCAUCAUUUAUUAAUUAUUUAGUUUGAAUCGAUAAGUUAUUUGCUCAUAUAACUACUGUUUACAUUUUUUCUAGAUGUCAUCUUAUAUAUGAUUGUAAUGCAACGUGCACGAGCCUUGAAUAUAUUUAAAAAACUUCACCGUACAUGUGAAAAUGUAUUUAAAGCUGAUAUCGAAACACUACAAGCCGCCAGAGAAAAGAUUAAUUCGGAGUUUCGAGCUAAUCGAAAUGAAACUGAUGCUGAAAAAAUAAACGAAUUAUUGAAAAAUGCAGAAGAUUGCGAAACGUUAAUACGAACAGCAGUUAUUCAAAUGGAACUCAUCGAUGCCGAGAAAAAUGUUUAUAGAAUGAAUCUACGUGAAGAUUUAGCAUAUCAGGAUAAUGAACAUUGUGUUAAAGAUAAAUAAAAACAAACAAACAUGAAAGAAUAAUUUUGUUAUAACUUGUACCUUGUUCCCUGGCAAUGUAUCAUAUGAUGAUACAGCCACGUAAAGAACAAUGAAUUAUCGAUUGGACCAAUGACGCAUAAAACCCGUACGAGCAGUCUAGAGUCCUUAUCGGCCGAGCCUGUUAAGUUCAGAACACCAGUCUCAGCCUCUACGAUAUGAAUCAUUUAUUUCAAACAUACUGGGUUUAUGUGCCAACCAAACAGACCACAUAGUACCAUAAAAUAGGUAACAACAUUUGUACAAGUUUUAGCCAAAUGUGGCUGUGAAUGUGGGAGGUAGUAAUUGAUAGACUGGGUAUAACUCAAGAAUGGCCAACCGUAUAAUUACAGUUCAUAGGUCAAAAUAAAGCUUAUGAUAAGAGGAACACGAAUAUGGAUAGAUUAGUUACUUAACAAUUACAUGAUAAAAAUAUACGUAUAGUAUUGUUCCAGAAAUGGAUCCCAAAAGUUACCAUUCAUUAUUUUCAUCGGGAUAUAACACCUCCCCCUUUUUUUCGAAGAUCCGGAGUUGAUGUCCGAAUUUUAAAUUUUCUGAGUCCAAAUUUAACAGCUCAAUGCUAGUAAAAUCAAAGCGGUUUAUUAGGAUUUUGUUUUAUUCAUAUAUUUUUUAGAACGUUUAAACCAUUUUAUUAAUUAUUUGUGGAUAAUAAUUUAUUUAAAUUAUUAUUGGAUUUAUUAAACAAAUUAUUGCAUUGUUUUUAUUAUUAAUUUAAAGCUUUAUAUCCUCUCUUAUUCUAAGAUAUUAACUCAUGUCUUGUAUUAUAUUUAGUUCUUAAUUGUGUAUUUCUAUGUAACAGGGUAGUUGAAACAGUUUGAUAUAUAAACAAUUGAGUGCAGUUGUUAUUAAACACAUUCAACUAGUAACAGCAUUGAACGUGACUUGUCGAUCUUUGGAUAGUACUAAUUGGCUUUACUUAAACAGUUUGAUUUAAAGCUAAGUCAAUAAAUAUGUAUUAGGUAAUGAGUUACAUUAGUACUAAGUAAUGAUGUUCCCUAACGAUAUUAUAUCACAUUGCUACAAAACAGAAAACGCUAAUAAUAUUGACCACCAAUUGGUUUUCAUUUUUAUGAUGCUUUUCAGUUUGAAAGAAUCACGCAUGUUGAUGCUAAUGUAUUUAUAAGUGCCUAUGACCCGAAUAGACUCCAAACGUGACAAUUAGAUUUUUGAGUGAUUUGUAGUUUCCGACUUGAUUUCUUUUUAGAAUGAUGGUUCUUCAAAAUAGUUUUAUAUUUAUUGUUAAUUACUUAAAGUUAUAAAUCAUGUUUCGAAUGGUUUUACUGUUUCUGAUACUUUAAUUAUUCUGAAUAUAAAAAAAUAACUACCCUGGCUUUCUUUAGACGAAGCUCAUUGUCAUCGACCGAAAUACCACUGACUAAUACAAUCAAUAUUUUUCUCAACUAUUCCCAACGGAUCAUCAUAAAAUAUAAUCGUUUAUCAUAUAUAUCUUAUAUUAUCCUUUAAAAACCAUGGUCUAAA